GGGGAUUACAUUUCUUUUUAUGCUAAGAUAUAUCCUUGUUUAUCGAUAUCUUUUUCCUAAGCCUGUUGAGGUCGAGGGAACCAAAGAUCGGAAAUUAAAAGGAGCCAAAUAUGUCCAAGAAUCAAUCGCAUUCAUCAGUCAGUCGCACCACUAUCCUUUACCUUCAAGAUGGAUGCGAUUCUGUCGUCCAAUUAUUAGACACUUACAUGUGGGACCGCCGCUUCCCGGGCCCACCAUGCGUGCACGCAAUUUAUCCACCGCAACCACAUCAGUCGACGGCACACCCUCGGACGCCGCCUCUGCACGACGGCACCUGUCUCCGGGCUCUAUAAGUGCAUGACGAGUGGCCCCCACAAACGUAGCGAACCCACCUACCAGUGAAAUAGGAGUGAGCCAAAACCUCAGCCCGGCGGCAGCCGGACCCAGUCCUAUCCGGCAACCGAUUCCAACCAAACCCCUCCCCAUCCAAUCCCGACCCCGAACCCAACCCAGGCAUGGCCGACGACCACCACCCCCUCGCCGCCGCGGCCUCCUCCUCCGCCGGCGACGACGACGAGGGUACGGACACCGACGCGUCCAACUCCGACCUCGCCAACCACCGGGACCCUCCGCCCCUCACCGACGCGACCUCGGCCCCGCCUACCCCUCCCGCCGCCGCCGCCUCCGCCCCCGAGCCCACCGGCGCGGUUCCGCCGCCGCCGCCGCCUCAGCCGCAGAGCGCGGGCGCCGCAGAGGACUCUCGGCGGCUGUUCCAGCGGCUGUGGACGGACGAGGAGGAGCUCCUCAUCCUGCGCGGCUUCCUGGACUUCACGGCGCGCCGGGGCACCACGUUCGCGUCGCACCAGUACGACACGGGCCCCUUCUACGAGGAGAUCCGCCGCCGCCUCUCCUUCGACUUCACCAAGAGCCAGCUCAUCGAGAAGCUGCGCCGCCUCAAGAAGAAGUACCGCGUCUGCGCGGCGCGUGUGGCGGCGCAGGGCGCCGCGUUCGCGUUCCGGAGCGCGCACGAGGGCGCCAUCUACGACGUCGCGCGCCACAUCUGGCGCCCCGCGUUCAAGCGCGGGGAAGGCGCCGCCGCGGGCGACGCCUCCGACGAGGACGACAUCAACCCCGCCGCGGCAGCCGCGGCGGCGGCAUUGCCUAAUGCGACGGAGGAUGGCGGUGGCGGGAGCGCGUCCGCGCCCACGCCGAGGGGCAGGGGAGGCCGGCGCGUGCGGAGGAGGACGGCGCAGGAGCUGGAGGCGCCCGCAUUGCCUGCCACGUCCGCGCUGGUGUUAAACGACGUGGUUCAGGAGCCGCUUGCUGUCCCUGUCGAGAAUUUAACGCCGGCAUUUGCACCGCCGAAUCCGGUGCAAGCACCAAUUGUCUCACCAAUGGCGGCGACACCUUCGCCCAUGACAGCUACUGCCGGUGGCGCUGCUGAAGAGGUUGUCCGGACCAUCCUCUCGCCAUUGCUGAGGGAGUUCAUCAGCUCUGUCGCUGUUGCUGGCCAGGCUGGACUCGGAUUGGGGUUGGGCAUGGGAUUUGGCGGCAUUGGUGGCUUCGACAUUCUUGGUCUUGGUUUUGGGGCUGCCGGCCCGAACCCUGCAAUGCCCGGUGAUGAGAAAUGGAGGCAGCAGCAGAUUCUGGAGCUUGAGGUUUAUCUGAAGAGGAUUGAGCUUGUCCGGGAGCAGGUGACCGCUGCUCUACAAGAGCUCAGGUCAUCAGAAGGUUGAUUGGCUAUCUUCUGUUCUCCAUAGUUGUUCUUGCCAGAGCCUCGUAGAUUACCUUAUUUUCUCAGGAACAGAGAGUGUUUAUCGAAGAUACAGAAUUGCACGUUAUAUAAAAAUAUUCUAAUUGUACUUAAUUUUAAGUUAGGUGCUUGUAGUCGUCAUAAGAUUAGAGGCACGAAACAUUGAUUUGUAGAUGGAACGAUGAUGAAUUAUUUACCUGCUACCCACAUCAUUGUCAGACAUGUUUACUCCCACACUUGAUAGAAUGUAGUGAAUAGUUUCCAUGAUAAGUUGCUAAUCUCGUUAUCUUUGAAUUGGGAAGUUUGUGUUCCUUUUUAUCAUUUUCAUAUUGUGUAGUCCUGAUAAGUUGGUACUGUCACAAUGGUACACUAUUGAGCGAGCAGUUAGCAUAA